CCGUAGGGUGCAACCUUCCUGAGGACCAGCGCCUCCCCUGUGGAACGAGUGCUCUGACCCAGCCGCAGUGCCUCUCCCUGGGCUGCUGUUUUAAUACGCGCCCCCCUGCAUGCCACUACCCCAUGGAUGAGUGCACCCUUGACCACCACUUUGUCUUCAGCGUGCCCGCCUCCCUCACCUACCCCCCUCUGUCCCCCGCCCUGCUGGCCGCCCCUGGACACCCGUCAUGCACGCCUCAGAGGGUCACGGCCGACUACGCCUUGUUUCUGAUCCCAAUGGACAGCUGCGGGGCGCUCAGGAUGGUCAUUGGCAAGACGGUGAUCUACAUUUUGGAGAUCGUUAAUAAAGUGGAGUCCAUUACCCUCGACUAUGGCACCAUCACCAGAGACUCACCAGCCAGGAUCCUGGUGGAGUGUCGCUACAAGCCCGGCCCCCCUUUGGUCACCGCCGGUUACAUGACCAAGACUCCAUCCCUGGGACCUGGACUUCAAGGUCAGGGAGUGUUCGGAGUUCAGCUUCGGAUUGCGAAAGAUGCUCACUACAGCAGCUUCCACGCCCAGUACCACGCGCCCCUGCGCACGCUGCUGAGGCAGCCCCUCUACCUGGAGGUCCGUCUGGUCAACCCUCCGGACCUCCAGGUGGUGCUGCUGGUGCAUUACUGCGUGGCCUACCCCCGCUCGGGAGCCACCAUGUGGGUCCUCCUCUACAAGGAGUGUCCUAACCCCUUGGAUCCGGCACCACACAACGUUGUUCUUCCCUCCCCUGAGAGCCAUACACGCAGGUUCACCAUCACCACCUUCCAGUUCCUCCAGAAGGGGAAGACUUAUGACCUGGACCAAGAGGUCUACUUCAUGUGCUCCACGGAGGCCUGCGUGCCUCAGGACGGGCCCUGUUUGGAGGGCUGCCUGGGCCAGUGACGGACUACACGGGACACGGCGCCACUCGCUCACGGCUGGCAGGAGCUCAGAGUCACCGUGCCAACAGCGUGUCUGAGUGAGCCUCCAGAAGACCCACUCCCACUGGAAACUCAGGACGGAGUGGCAAUGGUUCAAUAUGACAGCGGGACAAUGAGUUAGUAAUGAGGAGCGUUUUGAAUAAUUUAGCAGAACUCGCUGAUCCAUUUCCUGUUUUUUGUUUUUUUCCUUUUUUGUUUUAUUUGAAAUGGAAGCAGUGUGUGAGCAGUUCAUGUCCUGAGAGUGCUGGUCUCUUUAGUUAAAGCAGCACAGUAGUGUGUGUGUGUACUGAAAGUACGUUCAACUAGAAGUACACUGUAACACUGCUUUUCCUGCUCCUUCAGGCCGGAGCCUGAAGGAGUCACGUUCUCUGCCAAUAAAACUCAACAAAGUAAACUUAAAGGGGCUAAUUAGUUGUAUUUUUGUUAUUUGCUUUUUGCUAGCGAGUUUAAUAACAGGAGGGGGGCUCACUGUCAAUAAAUAGUUCAUGUUGUGGACUAAUUCUCUCACCGUUUGGCCUGUUGUGUGGUGCAAGAUCGAAUACAAUUAUUAUAAAACAUAUUUUACAAAGAGUUUCACGAGGCAAAUGUAUCAUCUCUGACGCCAACUGUUCAGUCUACACUCUGAACACACUAAAGGGCUGAUCAUGCGAGUUUUUUCAUUGGAUAAUUUGUCCACUGGGUGUCAUCAAAGCAAUAAAAAUGGCUUGAGGCACACACAUUUCUUGUUCCAUGAUUCACGCAGCUGGUUCUAAUAAACCUUUUGCGUGUAUAUUCCUAACUACGGAAUACGAUUUUGGCGUUCAUUUAAAAUUAAAUCGUUUACUUUGGACUGCUUUGCAAAUGUAACACCUUACACGUCUGAAUUUGUACAAUUGGUUAUUAUAUCUUCCCUUUAAAAUAAACAUUCUGUGUAUAUCUUGGUGAAAUGAUGCACCAGUCGCGUGUAUAUAGAAAAAGCACUAUCUCCAACGGUAUUGUGGGAAGCCAGGCCCGGCGCCCUGUGAAAUGUAAGCACUGCGGCAUACUGCGUUUAUUUGAUGGCUGCCUGGCCCUGUGUUCAAAGGAAGAGCGGAAAAAGGGAGGAGGGCACACGACGGAGAGGAACGGGGAACGACUACACGAAGAAGAGGGGGGGAGGGAAGAACGAUUCUCUUCUGUAAGCGCACACGCCACGAGACCAUAUACCGGGAAUCGGGGAGAGGAAAAAACAGGCGAGAGGGACUAGAGAAUACGACGGCUCCGUGCUCUUUUGUUUUGGAAAUCAUUUGACGCAGAGAAUAAGGAAUAACAUGGCAGCAGAGAGCUCCUGACGAGGAUUGACUUUCAGUAACCUCUUCUCUUGGCCAAAAAGUCUCGCAGAAACACAGGGAGGAAAAAGCGAUCAGGGAAGACAUGUUUAGGGAUUUUCGUCUUGAGGUCGCGGUAGGAUGUUAUGCCGUUUAAGCGGCAAUCUUGUGUUUAGGGUUAAUAGCGGUCAAUAGCUCACGACGACCCGUUUGUUUUUCUAAUUGGUUUGUUAUGAUCUGAAAAACCCGAGGCCUUGGGAAGCCCGAAGUAUAUGCGUGUUCAGCAGCAAAACACUUGGCUGCAUUAUCACCAGGCAUUACGUUGUUUCGGUGUAGUUUAUGAGCAAUUACAAUUCGGACACAACCGUGCUGUUGCCAAAUAGUUCCGUGUCGAUCAUCUCUGCGAUCUCGAUAACGUUGCAUGAUUUAUUACCCCAUUCAUUUCGGAUCUGUCAGUUCGCUCGGUUCGAGGCCGCGUUGAGAAACAUUGGGCAAGCUAUGAACUAUAGGGUUUCUGCAGCAAAGGUAAUAUAAUAACUUGAGUCUUUGGGCUGCUCAGAGAAAGGCUUCUUCGCUGGCUAACGUACAUUAGGUGGCAGGGAAUACCUGACAAUAUUUUCCAAUUUAGACUUAAGACAGGUGACCUAAGAAUAUUUUAAAUGUUAAUGUCGACCGACGUAGCAUCCAUCAUGCUGCCUGUGUCCCGGGGUCUAAUGGACCGGGAGCUGGAAACAAUGACUGGAGUGCACCCCAACUCGAGUGGUGCUGCAGGAGCCGUCCGAGGGAUGAAACGAGGGGACCCCGAGCCCGAUGCGCAGACAGCGGCCGCUCUAGUCGACUCGACCGGAGCAGAGUGCAAGCGUCCCCGUAUUGACGGAAUCGCGGAGGUUGGUCAG